CGUCAUUGAACAGAGACCAUGAUGGCGGCGCUCGGUGCACCAGAAGUGAUUUCACAGCUGGAAAACGCUGCUAAAGUUUUAAUGGCACCACCGUCCGUGGUCAGCACAGAACAGCGGCAGCAUGCAGAGCACAUAUUCCUUUCCUUUCGCAAAUCCAAGUCACCUUUCGCUGUUUGUAAACACAUCCUUGAGACCAGUAAGGUGGAUUAUGUACUUUUCCAAGCUGCCACGGCCAUAAUGGAAGCUGUGGUGAGAGAAUGGAUCCUGCUGGAGAAGAACAGUAUUGAAUCUCUCAGAACAUUCCUCCUCACCUACGUCUUACAGAGACCCAAUCUACAGAAGUAUGUUCGAGAGCAGAUCUUGUUGGCAGUUGCUGUCAUAGUAAAGCGAGGCUCGUUAGACAAAUCCAUCAGCUGUAAGAGCAUCUUUCAUGAAGUUAGCCAGCUCAUCAGCAGUGGAAAUCCUACUGUGCAAACACUAGCUUGCUCCAUCCUGACAGCUUUGUUAAGUGAGUUCUCCAGCUCCAAUAAAACCAGUAACAUUGGCCUCAGUAUGGAGUUCCAUGGCAGCUGCAAACGUGUCUUUCAGGAGGAUGACCUGAAACAGAUUUUUGUCCUCACCAUGGAGGUUUUGCAAGAGUUCAGUUUAAGGGAAAAUCUCAAUGCUCAGAUGUCGUCUGUGUUCCAGCGUUACCUUGCACUAGCCAAUCAAGUUCUCAGCUGGAACUUUCUUCCACCUAAUUUGGGCAGACACUACAUUGCCAUGUUCGAAGCCACGCAGAACGUCAUGCUGAAACCUACUGAAUCUUGGAGGGAAGCCCUUCUAGACCAAAGAGUCAUGGACCUCUUUUUCACUGUACACAGAAAGAUCCGGGAGGACUCCGAUAUGGCCCAGGAUUCCUUGCAGUGCCUGGCUCAGCUGGCAUCUUUGCACGGGCCCAUCUUCCCAGAUGAGAGUGCUCAAGUCACCUACCUAGCCCAUCUUGUGGAGGGGCUGCUAAGCAUGAUUAAUGGGAUCGAGAUUGAAGACUCAGAAGCAGUGGGCAUUGCAAACAUUAUCAGUAAUCUGAUCGCCACGUUUCCCCGGAGUGUUCUCACUGCUUUGCCUAGCGAACUUUUUUCCUCAUUCAUUAAUUGUCUCACGCUGCUCACCUGCUCGUUCGGACGCAGUGCUGCCCUUGAGGAGGUGCUUGAUAAAGAUGACAUGGUGUAUAUGGAAGCAUAUGACAAGCUGUUGGAGUCAUGGCUGACACUGGUACAGGAGGAUGAGCACUUUCCUCGUGGGUGCUUUGUCCAGCCAGCUGUGCAGGUCUUCAACUCCUACAUCCAGUGUCACCUCGCAGCACCUGACGGAACCAGAAACCUGACUGCAAACGGAGUAGCAUCUCAUGAUGAGGAGGAAAUAAACGAAUUGCAAGAGGAUGACCGAGAGCUGUUCUCAGAUCAGUUAGCAAGUAUCGGCAUGUUGGGGCGCAUUGCGGCUGAGCACUGUAUCCCUCUUCUCACAAGUUUGUUAGAGGAGAGAGUCACAAGGCUUCAUGGGCAGCUCCAGAGACACCAGCAACACCUCAUGGCUUCAUCAGAGCCUGACUCUGUGGACCGCAAAGUUUUAGAUGAUCUCUAUGAAGAUAUUCAUUGGCUUAUAUUAGUCUCAGGCUACCUCUUGGCUGAUGAUCCUCAGGGCGAGACGCCGCUCAUCCCCUCCGAGGUGAUGGAAUACUCUAUUAAACAUUCCACUGAAGUGGAUAUCAAUACCACGUUACAGAUCCUUGGCUCACCUGGGGAGAAGGCUUCCUCCAUUCCUGGCUGCAACAGGACUGACUCGGUCAUCAGACUGUUAUCAGCAGUAUUAAGGACAUCUGAGGUGGAAUCACGGGCAACACGGGCUAGUCUAACAGAACUGUUGAGUCCCCAGAUGGGUAAAGACAUUGUUUGGUUUUUGAGGCGCUGGGCCAAAACUUACCUGCUAGUGGAUGAGAAGCUGUAUGGUCAGAUUAGUAUGCCAUUAAGCACGGCGUUUGGUGCUGAUACUGACGGGGCACAGUGGAUUGUGGGGUACCUGCUGGAAAAGGUGAUCAAUAAUCUUUCAGUGUGGAGCUCUGAACCUGAGCUAGCCAAUGAUACAGUGGAGCUACUGGUCACUCUUGUUGAAAAGAGAGAGAGAGCAAACAUUGUGGUACAGUGUGAGAACUGGUGGAAUCUGGCCAAGCAGUUUGCUAGCCGUAGUCCACCGCUACACCUUCUGUCCAGCCCGAUUCAGCGCACGCUAAUGAAGGCACUGGUGCUUGGAGGCUUUGCACAAAUGGACUCUGAUACAAAACAGCAAUACUGGGCAGAGGUGCUUCAUCCACUCCAGCAACGCUUCCUGAACCUUGUUAAUCAGGAGAACUUUGCUCAGAUCUGUCAGGAGGAGGCAGUAAAGCAGGAGAUUGUGGCGACUUUGGAAGCACUUUGUGGCAUUGCGGAGGCUACUCAGAUAGACAAUGUGGCCUCUCUCUUCAGCUUCCUCAUGGACUUUUUAUCCAACUGCAUUGGUCUCAUGGAGGUCUACCAGAAUUCCCCAGAAACUGUCAACCUUAUCAUUGAGGUGUUUGUGGAAGUGGCCCAUAAGCAAAUCUGUUACCUAGGAGAGAGUAAGUCUAUGAAGCUGUACGAGGUGUGUUUGACCUUGCUCCAAGUCUACUCUAAGAAUAACCUGGGCCGGAAGAGGCUGGAUGUGGCAGCAGAAGAGGACCAGUACCAGGACUUGCUGCUUAUUAUGGAGCUUCUCACAAACUUGCUCUCCAAAGAGUUUAUAGACUUUAGCGAUACUGCAGAUGAGGUGUUUCGGGGACAGGAGCAGAGUUCGGGAGCUGGACGAACAGUAUCAGCUGCUGAUGUGGUGCUGUUUGGGGUCAACAUUGUGCUGCCCCUCAUGUCUCAGGACCUAUUAAAGUUUCCAUCACUAUGUAACCAGUAUUAUAAGCUUAUUACCUUCAUCUGUGAGAUUUUCCCUGAGAAGAUUCCUCAGUUGCCAGAGGAGCUUUUUAAGAGUUUGAUGUUCUCUCUCGAGUUGGGCAUGACCUCGAUGAGUGCAGAGAUUAGUCAGUUGUGUUUAGAAUCUUUGUCUCCGCUGGCUGAGCAAUGUGCCAAAACACAGGAGAAGGACACGCCUCUAUUUAUUGCUACUCGACAUUUUCUCAAGUUGGUAUUUGAUAUGCUGGUACUUCAGAAGCACAACACUGAAAUGACUGUAGCUGCAGGAGAAGCUCUCUAUACACUUGUGUGCCUGCAUCAAGCAGAGUACUCCGAGCUGGUUGAGACACUUCUCUCGAGUCAGAGGGAUGCAGGGAUCUACCAGCGCCUUGCCGAUGCCUUUAACACACUCACGGCCAGCAGCACACCUCCAACCAUGGAUCGCAAGCAGAAGGUGGCCUUCCUCAAGAGCUUAGAGGAGUUUGUAGCAAAUGUCGGAGGCUUGCUGUGUGUCAAAUAACCACUGUCUCCAGCAUUUCUUUUAUUAUUCUGUACUCCCUCUCGGUUCCACUCACCUCUACCAUUGAAACCAUUUCUGCCAUGCCAAACUAGAGAAGCCUGGCACCUGCACUGUUGAAGCAGAGCAUUGUUUGUCCAAGGUCGUUUCAGAUAUUGCUCACUUGUCCUUGGUGGCAGUCUAACGUGCAGAACCAGUGGAGGAACUUGUGGAAAUGCGGAGAGGGAAUGACUUCUCACACUCAUCUCAAUCCUAGCUGAUCAACAGCCACAGUGUUAGUGGGAGGUUAUCAGAUGGAAAUAUAUAUAUACAAAGGGUAGGGGAGAGAGGAAGCCUCUCUGACGUUCCCCUACCCAUUCUAGACACACAUUUACUUAAUUCCUCUCCUUGAGUGCCUUUGUCAUGUCUCGGAUCCAGCUGUGUGUACAGCAAUGAGUAGAACUGUGUCUUACAGCGAAGCUACCAUCUCUUCACCAAAACCUAUCUGCACUUAAAGCCUUUAUUUUUGAAUUUUC